GUCCAGAAUUACCAGAACCCUGCAACUCAGCGUAAAACCCUCUUUUCUCUUCCACUCUUAGCACUCAUAAAGUUUUUCCUUCUAACAGUAAUCUAACAAACAAACCGUCUCAAUGCUCAAUCGAUAACUUCCCUCAUCUUCUCAAAUGGAACUCACUUCCUCUUUCAUACUCUCCCGCAAUUACUCCUUCUCAUCCUCCCUCUCCCCAUUCCAAACCAACAACCCCAAAGUACCCCUCAUCACUACCACCACCACCACCGGUAGUCCCCAUUCCCUCCGCAUUAUCGCCGUCGCCAACGCCGUAAAUGACCCGCCCCCACAGAAUCCGCAACCUCUUCCUGAAAACAGCCCCCAGCGGCUCCUGAAGGAGCUCGCGGAGCGCAGGAAGAUAACAUCCCCAAAGAAAAAAUCUCCGCCAAGAAGGUUCAUCCUGCGUCCCCCACUAGACGACAAAAAACUCGCAGAGAGAUUCCUCAACAGCCCCCAACUAACUCUCAAAUCAUUCCCCUUACUCAGCUCCUGCCUUCCUUCCAGGUGCCUCAACGCCGCCGACAACACGUGGAUCGACGACUGCCUUCUAGAAGCCAAGCAAGCCUUGGGGUAUCCUCUAGAACCUUCAGCUUCAUUGGAUGAUGAUAACCCCGCGAAGCAGCUCGACUCUCUGCUGUACCUUGCGUUUCAGCACCAGGGGUUCGAGAGGUCCCGUGCGAGGCACGUGAGGUGCGGGCACUCGAGGCUGUUCUUUCUUGGGCAGUACGUGCUGGAGCUUGCCUUUGCUGAGUUUUUUCUUCAGAGAUAUCCGAGGGAGGGGCCGGGUCCGAUGCGUGAGAGGGUGUUUGGCUUGAUUGGGAAGUCGAUGAUGCCGCGGUGGAUUAAGGAGGCGAGUUUGCACAAUUUGGUGUUCCCUUUUGAUGAUAUGGAUAAGCUUGUUAGGAAGGAAAGAGAGCCACCCGUCAAGUCUGUCUUUUGGGCUCUAUUUGGGGCAAUCUAUUUGUGCUUCGGUAUGCCGGAAGUAUACCGUGUUCUUUUUGAAGUCUUUGGAAUGGAUCCAGAUGCUGACUAUUGCCAGCCCAAACUGCGUAGACAACUCGAAGAUGUAGAUUAUGUGUCUACUGAAUUUGAAGCCAAGAUAAGCUGGCAAGACAUGGUUGCCUAUAAGCCUCCUGCAGAUGCCCUGUUUGCACAUCCGCGGUUGUUCAGAUCCUGUGUUCCCCCAGGCAUGCAUCGGUUCAGAGGGAAUAUAUGGGAUUAUGAUUGCAAACCAAAGGUUAUGCAGACCCUUGGAUAUCCACAGGAAAUGAAUGAUAUGACUCCAGAUAUUACCGAAGCCCGGAACAUAGAGCUCGAACUUGGAUUGCAGCUAUGUUUCUUGCAUCCAUCAAAGUACAAACUUGAGCAUCCUCGAUUUUGCUAUGAAAGAUUAGAAUACCUUGGCCAAAAGAUACAGGAUUUGGUGAUGGCUGAACGACUGCUGAUGAAGCAUUUAGAUGCUCCUGGGCUGUGGCUACAAAAUAGGCACCGCCGCCUUCUUAUGAACAAGUAUUGUGGAAGAUAUUUGAGGGCUAAACAUCUUCACCAUUAUAUUAUAUAUGGUGAAAGUGUUCAAGAUAAGUACGAGCACAAUCGGCGACUGAGAAACCCAGCCAACACAGCAGUUCAACAAGCUCUUCAUGGACUUUCAUAUGCUGUUUAUGGGAAACGUGAUGUGAGACGUCUGAUGUUUGAGGUUUUUGACUUUGAGCAAGUCCAACCUCAAGAAGUCUAAAAAAUGAAGAGAUAGUAGUGAAACGAGGAUAAAAGAACCUUCUCCUUUUCCUCAUCCUUCGCCAUUUCCUUCUUCCUUUACAUUUUCUCUCGUUUUAUUCUUUUACACUUCAUUUAGGCCAUACCCUGAUAUUUUAUAAUUCACCUCCUAGUCCUAGUGAUUUCUGAGUUAUUUUGAAGUUUCCUUGGUGUAUAUAAUAGUUGUAUAUUUUCUUUUAAUCAAUUUUGAUGGUGCGGCCUAUACAAUGAAAAAAUGCAUUGAGAUGAGGAUACAUGUGACUAUUGUUCCGUUGCAUAAUGUCUGGUUGGUGGAGUAAGGCUGCCCUUGGUUGUUGUAUACUCGUAAGACAUUAGAGAUAUGGAUACAAAUUACUAGUGUGUAUAUAUAUUGUAUUUGA